AUGGGCUACAUGAGAGUGGAGGAACACAGCCCCACCCUGCUCCAUCUCAAGAGGGCCCCUGGGAUCCGCUCUUGGUCACUUCUGGUUGGAAUAGCAUCGAUCGGGUUAGCGGCGGCCUAUUACAGCUCAGACAGCGUCCUCUGGAGGCUCUUCUACAUCUGUGGCUGUUUGUUCGUGGCCAUGCAGAAUAUGGAGGAGUGGGAGGAGGCGAUGUUCGACAAAAAUCAGGGAACGAUCGAGCUCAAGUCGUUCAGUCUCUACACGUAUAUCCUCACGCUGUACAAGAAGGGACACGAGAAAGUGGUGCUGGACAUGCGGCACCUGCAGGACGUCUGUGUCCAGGAGGAGAAGGUGCGGUACCUGGGGAAGGGCUACCUCCUGGUGCUGCGGUUAGCUACCGGCUUCUCCUACCCCAUGACCCAGAGCGCCACUCUGGGGGGACGCAGUGACGUGGAGGAGGUGGCAGCCUUGCUGAAGCGGUUCCUGAAACUAGAAGACCUCCACAGACCAGAGCAACAUGAGGAGGAAGAAGAGGAGGAGAGCAGCAGCCAAUCAGAGCAGGAGCUGUGA